UGAGCUUUAUACAGCGGCUGUGUCCAGCUGACUUCCAAGGUCACAAACUAUGAUAACGGCUAGACAUAGAGAUGAACUGAGGGUCAAAGGUUAUACGGUUGUAGAGAACGUUCUAACCAAUGAGGAGUCGGAUAAAUACCGAGGGAUGUACUGUGAUUGGCUGGCAACAUUCAAUGGUACUUGGCCCCAUUCUUCCAAAUCAUUAAUUCAAAGAUACAAAGUUGGUCAAAUGGAACCCACCUGGGCCGUGAGGCUGAAAGCCAAGAAGGUCUUCGAGGAAAUAUGGGGGACAGAGAGACUUUUGAGUAGCAUGGAUGCCAUAGCUAUUGGACGUCCCCCAGAGGAUGGGACGGAAGACUUCCUGUCUCCUGGAAAACCCUGGCUCCACACCGACCAAAGCCAAGCACGAGAAGGCCUUCAUGCUUACCAAGGUGCUGUUUAUCUUGAAACCGUCGAUGAGGACGACUGGGCGUUCGAAGUGAUUGAAAGCUCCCACGAGUAUUUUGAUCGGUACUAUGUUGAAUGCGACAACGCAAUCAAGAAUAGGAAAGAAAAUCCAAAAUGGCGCCUUAAGAGCUUAACUGACGAAGACGUCGAUUACUUUACUGAAGAACACGGGCUCAAGAGGAAACCUGUUCCUGUUCCAAAAGGGGGUGUGAUUUUGUGGGACUCUCGUCUCAUCCAUGCCAACUCCAGGCCCAAAAAAGGAAGAAAGAAUCCUGGCAGAUGGCGCUUUGUGGUCAUGGUCUGCAUGACCCCGGCCAAAUGGACAGAUGAAGAAUCAUUGGAAAAGAAACGAAAGGUAUACGAUGAAAUGCUUAUGACAGGUCACUGGCCAAGCAAUGGAAUACACAUUUUCUCUGAAACACUACCUCCAGAUGCUGCUAAAGAUCCAAACCCACUAAUAGAACACCCACCAUCGGCUAGGACCAAAGAGGCAAAACAACUGGCAGGAGUCCUUCCCUAUGAAUCAUCAGCUGAUGAUGACGGUGUUAUGGCUACCCCUAAAUUUCGGCUGGAAUUUAUGGAAGACUGACGACCUCCUCUAUCAGCAUCUACCCUGUAUCAGUGGAUGACAAUAAAAUAUAUCCAUGCAACAUAGCUACU